AUGAGCAACCGCCGCCAUUACCCCUCAGAAAACGACCACACACCCCACCGUCGUAGUUCCAGCCGCCGCCGCUCCUCCCCCCGCGCUGACUUCGCCCAGCACCAACAUCCCCCGCCUCCGCUUCAACAACUACACCCCACCGAUAGCCGCGCCCUCCGCAUUGCUCUUGUCAGUGCCUGCAACUAUCUCAAUCCCCUCCUCGUCCGCUUGCAUAACGAGGAACUCUCGCCAGAGCAUGAAAGAUACAAAAGGGCCGUGAAGGAGGUGAAGUGCCAAUACAACCGGCUCUGCGAGCCCCACUGUGAGGAGGAGCGGAGGAGGGAGAAAACCCAAAUGGCGAUGUUGAGGGCGGAACAGCUGAAUGAGAUGAAUAAGCUGCUGACGAAGCAGUGGAAUGACAGGCGGAGCUUGGAGCAUAGGGCGAACAGGGGGAGACGCAGUACGUGA